UUUUAUUCUUCCAUAAAGUAGACAUUUAAAUAUGCUCAUGUUUCUGGACUACACGUAGAAUUGCAUUUUGCAAGAUGAAUUUUAUAUUAAUUUAUUUAUUCGGAAGUUUAUUGGAGUGCUACAAAGGAUUUAAGAUUGAGAACGGCUACAUAGGCCAACAUUGUCGCGAUGGAUACAAGCCUGUGGCUUGGUGGUACAUAUACAAGCCUCCAGCGGGCGUGGUCCAUCCAAGCGGACAGAAUUUCAGCUUCUUAACGCCUGACACGGAGGGACGGUGGAUACAGUCGCUUUACGGCAUCACUGAAGCCGAUAUGCUGAGUAAAACUUUGAAGCCCGACUACAAGCAGCGUUCAUACAUGGACCGCGGUGGCAGAGCAAUGGUCAUAUUCGAGUCUCGUCACGGCGCGCCCGGGUCUUCGGCACGCGGGGUCGUGAUGGCAGAUCAGGAUGGCGGGUUUCUGCUGACGCAUACCGUGCCCGGGUUUCCGCAGAAAUCCAGAUCACUUCCCUUGUUCCCAUUCGAAGAGCUGGAGAGCGGACACUUACUAGCUUGCAUCUCUCUGGAUUUUAGCGCUCUGAACAAGGUCGCUCGUGCCAUAAAAGAGGUCGCGCCGAACAUCACAUACUCACACAUGCCUGAAACGCUGGCCCAUCUACUACCGGAAUGGAACUUCGACAGACCUUUCCCGACUCUUUCUCCCUUCAGGCUACGGCCAUCGAUAUAUUCUCUUAAACGAGUGAAUAGAACGGGGGAGAUCCCUCGGCCCUCAGAGGCUCCGAUCUACGAUAGCAACAAUGGUCCUUUAGAAGCGGUGUUGGUGGCCAGGCCGCCGGGAGUGAAGAGCUGUAUCUACUCUUCGUUUGCAGCGCGGCAACUGGUCAUGCUGAAUGUGUAUGGACAAUCGCGAAGUACGUUUCUUACUACGACGUGCAGUCAGAACUUUGGCGUCCGCAACAUUGAGUUAAUCUCCUUUAAAUACGAAGGUGACGAUGGGCCCUCAGGUCCUGUCUACUACGUGCCGACCAAAAGUAGCGACUACACCUGGUUCGCCGUCAGCACGGCAGCACAUUGGCAGCAAAGAGGCAAGGGCCCGCAGCAGUUCUGGGUGUGCACCAGCCUGGUGGAUAAGGAAGAUGUUAAGGGAGAAGGGGGCUUGUUGUUGUGUUUGCAGAAUUACAAUUUGUGGGUGGCGUUUGAUAACUUGAAGGUUACUGAGCCCUCUUGCGAUUAGCGAUUAAAUUUUACCUGUCAGGCAUUAUCAUAAGCAUAUAUCUUUGUCAUAAGUAAGGUAACCAUCAUGCUCCGCGAUUGUUACGCCAUUUAUGGUCCUAGCUAAAUUGGUUGUUCAAUACUUACGCUAUGGAAUGUCCAAUUUAGCUAGAACCCUAAAUGCCGUAACAAUCACGAAGCGUGACUGUAUAUACCUACGAGUAUUAAUUCGUUGUAUGACGUUUUCCUUCUAUUCGAACACAGUAGGUACUUAAGUAUAUCAAUGAGAUACUUUUUGAGGUUAACAGUGGGUACGGUGUGUUCUAUGUUUUCGUUAUAAAAUAAAAGUCCUUUUAAUAGAA